UGGGCACGGCCUAGAGGACAACAUUCCGGGCCACAGUCGUCGACGAUGUCUAAAGAUGCGCUUUUAGCCGUCCCAAAUGUGUGGAAGCCCGAGCUGUAUAAAAUACAGCUUGACGCUCCCACCCCAAAACCAGUGCUAUGCGAGCGGGACGACAUCAUGGGACCCACCCGGUACGGCAAAGAGUAUCACGGGACAAUGGACCACAAGGAGUGUGAGCAGAUGCUGAAGGACAAGCCGGAUGGUAGCUACCUGGUGCGACGCAGUCCCGGUGCUGACAACUACUACACACUCAGUUUGCGGUUUGGCCAGGCGACCAAGCAUUUUAAGAUAUUUUAUUGCCCGGAAAAGGGCCACUAUCUGCGGGAGAACUUUAAAAAGUUCGAAACUGUCGAAGAGAUGGUUGCCGACGGAUUGGUGGACUUUUACAUGCGCCUGCAUGCUGCCCCGAUCCUGAAGGAAAUGAUGAGUCAGACCAAGAAAUGCUACGAACAGAGCCCGUACAUGACGCUGCAUCGACGCAAGCUGCGCUCGCUGUGCAAACCGACCAAACUGCCGAUGGUGCAGGACAGUCUAGAGUCGGCCGACACGGAAAUAGCGGACGAUCGGGAUGGUGGUGCGAAGGGCGCAGACCAGGAGCAGUUUGAAAAGUCGGAUACACACGACAACGCUUAUCCGGAGUACGAAAAACAGCAUGCGUUUAAAACUCACACAUUCAAGGGCUUAAAUUGGUGCGAGUUUUGUGCUAACUUUUUGUGGGGCUUCACCUCACAGGGUGUGAAAUGUGAUGACUGCGGUUUUAUGGCGCACUUCAAAUGCUCGGAACUGGUACCGGCCAAAUGCGUACCGGAUCUGAAACGUUUGCGGGGAAUAUUUGGGGUCGAUUUGACCACGCUAGUGACGGCACACAAGUGUCGCAUUCCAUUCAUUGUGAAGAAGUGCGUAGAGGAGGUGGAAAACCACGGCAUGUUGCAGGAAGGUAUCUACCGGAUAUCGGGAUUUGCGGACGAAAUCGAAGCGCUCAAGAUGGCACUGGAUAAGGAUGGCGAGAAGGCGGACGUAUCCGCCCAGAUGUACAGCAACAUCAAUGUGAUUGCCGGCGUACUGAAACUGUACUUGCGGCUGCUUCCCGUUCCUUUGAUAACGUUUCAAUCAUUCCCCUUGUUUAUGGAAUCGAUGCGAGAGAAAUCAAUCGGCGAACAAGUAAUAGCGUUGCGGAACGCUGUGAAAGCCUUGCCACCCGCCCACCUGCACUGUUUGAAGUACAUUCUCGAGCACCUUAAUCGCAUUGCUUCGCAUCACACGAUCAACAAGAUGAACGAACACAACCUGGCCACCGUGUUUGCUCCGACGCUUAUUGCCACGCCCCAGCAUAUGACCGACCUGUCGCAGGAGAUCAGCAUGCUGGCAGCCCUAAUCAGCCACUGUCAUGCAAUAUUUUUGUAGUGUAAAGUUGAACAAGGUGCGAGAGAGUCCAAACAAUCUGUUUAAAAAAAGUAACCGCAGCAGCAUCUUAGGAUAUAAAGAUACGUCGAAAUUGUACUUUAUUUUUGUUAGUAUCCUUCGGCAUCCUAGAGAUGACUGAACAGCAUUAGCUUCCUUAAUAUUCUGCUGUUUUCAAACUUUGCUCAUCCGCAUCAACAGCUAGCUACCACCAGUAAGGCUCGGUUUAUGUUGUAUGAAAUUAUGUUUCCUUACGUAGGUUAACUAUCAUUGCUAGAACAAAAACGAACAAUCUCGUGUGUAAUCAUGCUUCUACUGCCCUGACUCUAUGCUAAUAUGCCUUUUUAUAACCUUGUUUUCUGUUCAACAGACAAAUAAUUUUCAUACGGUAUUAACAGUUUCAUUUUACUGGAUGUAAUAAACAAUAUUUAUGUCUU